AUGGAGAAGAUAGUGAAAGGAGCGACCAAGAUAAAGCUGGCUGCGCCCAAGUCCAAGUAUAUCGAGGCCAUACUUUCGUCCACUCAAGGCGGAGAGUCCGGUGUUGCUGAAAUAUUCCGAACUUUGCAACUACGACUGCGGGAUUCAACAUGGACGAUCGUAUACAAGUCGCUAAUUGUGGUGCAUCUCAUGAUUCGGGAGGGCGCCCCCGACAUGACGUUACGCUAUAUUGCCGACUCUCCCAAGAGGCUAGCCAUCAGCAGCUUCGCAGAGGCCCAGACCCAAGGUGUCAAUAUACGGCGAUACUAUGAAUACCUGUCUGAACGCGUCAGAGCAUAUCGUGACACCAAGACCGACUUUGUGCGGGCUGGAGUCGGCAAGAUGAGACAGUUAACGGUGGAUCGAGGUCUCCUGAGGCAGACUGAGGUUGUCCAGGACCAGAUACGUGCUCUUGUGCGAUGCGACUUCAUGGGCAAUGCUGAUCCAGAUAAUGAGAUCAGCUUGACGGCGUUUCGUCUCUGCACCAUGGACCUUCUAGAGCUGUUCAAGGUCAUGAAUGAGGGAACCAUCAAUGUGCUAGAACAUUACUUUGAGAUGUCACGACCGGACGCAGAACGUGCCCUCAAGAUAUACAAAACAUUCGGAAAGCAGACGGACGAGGUGGUGCAAUAUCUCAGUCUCGCCCGGCAGUACGAGUCCUCGACCAGGUUAGAGGUGCCGAAAUUGAAACAUGCUCCGACAACACUCACAGCUUCGCUGGAGGAAUAUUUGAACGACGCAGACUUUGAGAUCAAUCGCCGGCAAUACCUUGCGCAGCAGGAGGCUAAGCGUACCGGCAAACCUGUCGCUGCGGUAACAAAACCGGCUGCUUCGUCAUCACAGCCGCCAAAAUCAAAUGCUACUACCACGGUCUCAGCAGCCACGUCUACGCCGGUCCAACCAAAAGGUCCUGCGCCAGAUCUGAUUGAUUUCUUCGAGUCAAUUGAACAAAACCAGCAGACUAUGGGUCAGCCGAUGCCUCAGCAGCAGCCCUUCAAUGCCAGUUUCGCCCCGAACCAGCAAUUCCAACAAUUUCCGCAACAGAUGCCUCAGGCAACAGGCUACAAUCCUUUCAUGCAAUCGCAGCCGCAGCAGCAACCGCAGCAGCAACCGCAGCAACUGCAGCCCAAUUUCACGGGAGCAGGUUUCGGUGGCUAUGGACCGCAGCCUCAACAAGCACAGCCCAGCCAACAGCCAUUCUCUUUCUCCUCUCUGCCAACGAUAACUCAAAAUGGAGUUGCAGAAUUUCAGCAACAGCCGCAACAGCCCCAAUCACCGGCUCCGCAAUUGCAGCCUCAACAAACCUCCACAAAUCCCUUCCGUCAGUCGAUGAUGCCUACGGGCGCCAUGAUGAGCCCAACAUCUCCCCAGAGUGCUGUGUCACGGCAGUCUACCAACCCAUUCGCCAAAUCGAGUAUUCCCAUGUCGCCAGUGUCGCCGGUGCAGAACAGUGGUCCUCCUACGCAACAUGACCAGUUCGCUCAAUCAUCAGCCUUCUUUCAACAACCAAGUCCUCCACCACAGCCGCAACAGCACUCGCCCGCGCCCUUACAAGCACAACGCACAGGAACGAACCCAUUCGCCAAGAGCAUCUCUCCGCCACCUGCACAGCCACUCACUGCCAGCGUCACUGGCACGAAUCCGUUUCGACAGUCGCAGUUUGUCAAUCAAAGCACGGGCAUGGGUUGGCAGCACACAGCUCAGGGGACGUUCAAUGGGUAUGACAUGAACAACAUACCGACGCAAUCUGUAUUUCCUCGGCCUGGCGCAAAUGGAAGCUAG